AUGAUGCUUCCGGCAGCAGUACUGCUACUGGUAUUGCAGCUCACCUCCGCGGCAGCCCAGGCUGGAGGACGACCGCCGGCGAGCCGCCCAACCACCUGCGGCAACGUUAGCGUGCCGUACCCUUUCGGCAUCCGCGACGGCUGCUCCCUCCCUCUCCCCGGCUUCAACCUCACCUGCGACCAAACGCGGCAGCAUCCGCCGAGGCUGCUGCUCGGCGACGGCAGCACCCUCCAGGUCGUGGAGAUCUCGCUGGCCAACUCCACGGUCCGCGCCAUGGACACCGCCGGUGCAGUGAAAAUCACCUACCAAGGAGGGCCAGAGGGCAACGGCACCUGGAGCGGCCUCGGCUCCGGCAGCGGCGAUACGUACGUGCUCUCGGAGGAGCGCAACCAGUUCGCCGUCACGGGGUGCAACGUCCAGGGGACGCUGCUCGGGGACAGCCGCAACGUCAUCAUCGGCUGCUCCUCCUCCUGCUCCAUCAAGGACAUCUGGAUAAACCCCGUGGUGAGCACGAGCGGCGGCGACGGAACGGUCGCGUGCUCCGGCGUCGGCUGUUGCCAGACGCCCAUCCCCAUCGGCCGCCCUAACUACACCGUCGAGUUCAAGUACCUGGACCUCGAGUACAUGGGCAAGCUGCCCAUGGCGCUGCGCAUCGCCGAACGCGGUUGGUUUGACGGCGUCGCCGCCCAGAUGCUGAACGAGUCAGCGACGGACGCCCAAGUCCAGCAGGUUCCGGUUCCGGUGGUGCUGGACUGGGUGGUGGCGUCCACCCCGGUAGCGCCCCCGGGAUCGACGGCCGCAGAGGACACCGGCAACUGGUCCUGCCCCGUCGACGCGGCGAGGAGCGCGUGCAGAAGCAGCCACAGCACCUGCCACAACGUCACCGGCAACCCCGGUAGCGCCCCCAGGAUGGAUAUCGACGAGUGCGCGCUUCCAGGAAAGUGUUUCGGCGUAUGUACAAACAGGGAUGGUGGGUACGAGUGCCGGUGCCCACGCGGUGCUCGUGGCAGCCCCUACAUGGCAGAUGGCUGUGUCAAAACUUCUCUUGGGUUAAGUGUUGGUCUCGGAGUUGGCAGUGGAGCAGGCCUUUUGGUCUUGGCUCUUGGUUCAGCCUUUGUGGCUCGUGGGAUUAAGAACCGGAGGGCAAGAAUGUUGAAACAGAAAUUCUUCAAGCAGAACCGCGGACAUAUGUUACAACAAUUGGUAUUCCAAAACAAGGACAUCGCUGAGAGAAUGACCAUCCCCUUGGUAGAACUUGAGAAAGCCACUAACAAUUUCAACAAUGCUCGCAAGCUUGGUGGAGGAGGACACGGCACCGUGUACAAGGGGAUCUUAUCGGACCUGCAUGUUGUCGCGAUUAAAAAAUCAAAAGUGGCAAUCCAGAGAGAGAUCGACGAGUUCAUAAAUGAGGUAGCUAUUCUCUCACAAGUCAAUCAUCGGAAUGUAGUGAGACUUUUUGGGUGCUGCCUUGAGACCGAAGUGCCACUAUUAGUAUAUGAAUUCAUUUCAAAUGGGACACUUUAUGACCAUCUUCAUGUUGAAGGACCAACGUCAUUGCGAUGGGAUCAUAGGCUGAGAAUUGCAACGGAAACCGCCAGAGCUCUUGCCUACCUUCACAUGGUUGUGUCCUUCCCUAUAGUUUAUAGGGAUGUAAAGUCGCAUAACAUUCUAUUGGAGGGCUCUCUAACAGCUAAAGUGUCUGACUUUGGAGCCUCAAGGUGCAUUUCACCCGAUCAAACAGGGGUUACAACCGCCAUCCAAGGAACACUAGGGUAUCUAGACCCCAUGUACUACUACACGGGAAGACUCACUGAGAAGAGCGACGUUUACAGUUUUGGUGUUGUUCUGAUAGAGUUGCUCACCAGAAAGAAACCAUUUUCAUAUAGAUCACCUGAGAAUGAUGGCUUAAUUGCACAGCUCACUUCCUUGCUUACACAUGGAUGGGUUCUUUGA